AUGAAUUAUUCGUUUAGAUUUGCUGGUUGGUCGCGAAAAUAUAUUUUUUCCAAAGAAACGACUCCAACAAGCAACGAAAUCACAUUGUACGUGAUUAUGUUCGAGCCAUUUGUGUCCCUCUCAAUACGUUUAUAUCAGUCGACCAAUGCUGCAGAUGUGCAGUGUUCGAUAUUGGAUCUGUUAUGUGUGCUUAUCCGAGGCGGUAUAAAUUACUCAAUGCUUGAUCCAGAAACACGAUUGCUCAAUUUUAUUAUUGACCAAGUCAAUGAAAUUGGAACAAGAAAUCGGACAGCUUCGGAUGGCGUGGAUAGGUUGAUUUGUUCAAUAUUUGACUAUUUUUUGGUGCUUUCUCACACUGAGAGCCGCGGACAAGUGAUUAUGGAACUGGGCAAAAUUUACGCACUUGUUGAUUAUCUCAUCAAAGCUUGCGAUAAUAAACCGCACUUGGCUUCUGUAGCCUUAAACAGCCUUCAAUUAGUAACGAUUGACUGUGUUGAAGUCCUUGGCUCGUUCAAUGGAACAUUGCUGAAAAUACUGCAGGCAGUUGCGUAUUUAGCAGAAUUCUGUCCGACGAAGGUCAUCCAACUUUGGGCUGUUGCUGUUCUUGGCUCACAUAUCCGUGGAGAUGCGCAAAGGUCAUCAUGGUCAACAAAACUUUUUUACAGCUGGACAAAAGUGUCUUUAUCACUUUUUGACAAUUUUCAACAACUAAGUGCCGAGAAUUGGGACUUCAACACAGCUUUUAGCUCUACAGCACUACUUCGGUUAUGCUGCGAUUCGAUCUUUCGGCCAAUUGACGCUUUUUUCAACCAUUUGGUCGCUGUUUUGGAUGAUGAUUUGCAUUGUUUUUCUCGACUGGUGGCAGCAUUGCCUUAUCUUUUCAUAUUUCUUUGUGUUUUGAAGGAAGGUGCAACAUUUACACGAAUUGAACAGAUCUGCGAUAAUGCAGUGGAAAAGAUUGGGAGGGCACUGAUGGCCUUACUCAGUCAGUGCUUGAUAGCCUUAAGAUGCUGGACGUCAUUAUCCGUUACUGAUGAAGAAAGCUGUGAAAAUCUGGUGAUUUGGUACCUUCUAAUAUUGUCACAUGCAGUUCGUUCAGGCAGUAUGAGGUGUGUCACAGACACGUUUCGGGAAAAUUUCUCAACAAAUUCUGUGGAUUUGCACGGCUUAUCAUUAUUCUAUCCGCGUGUUUAUGUUCAGUUACUGGCGUUCAUAAGCGUCACUGGCUUACAUGAUCAGCCUUUGUUUUAUUCUUACUCUUCACGGUAA